CACUCCUCUGUACAUCAGGAUCAUGAAAUGGGCUUUUUUAUUCUCAGUAAUUUGUUACAAAAAACAGUAAUAUUAUUAUGUUCGUAAUGUGUGUAUUAUGUCUCUCAACAGUAAAAAAUAAAAAAAAAAGCCAUGGAUAACCAAUAUAAUUCCAUUAGCCCAACUUGCAAUGGAAUUUCAGCUCAUGAGAAGAGAAUCAGCUCUUUGGUGGCUGAAGAUCAUGGUCAGAGAAUCUUAACCGUACUGCAAAGCUUCAGAGCUCAAAACAUAUUUUUUGACUUUAAACUACUUGUAAAAGAUGAAGCAAUCCCCUGCCAUCGUUGUGUACUAGCAGCAUGUAGUGACUUUUUCAGGGCCAUGUUUGAAGUUAACAUGAAAGAAAGAGAUGAUGGGAGUGUUACGAUAAGUAAUUUAACACCCAAGGCAGUGAAGGCUUUUCUAGAUUAUGCUUAUACUGGAAAAGCUGAGAUAACAAAUGAUAAUGUGGAAAUGUUCUUUCAGCUGUCCUCCUUUCUUCAAGUUUCACUUCUUUCAAAAGCUUGCAGUGACUUUCUAAUUAAGAAUAUUGAUCUUGUUAACUGUUUGCAAUUAUUAUCCAUUUCCGAAAGUUAUGGCUCCACCAAGUUGUUUGAGCAUACACUUGAGUAUGCACGGCACCAUUUUUUCUUGCUUCUCCAGUCAAAUGACUUUUUGGAAAUGAAUUUUGAGAUCCUGCAAAAAUGUAUAGAAGCUGAUGAGUUGAACAUUCCAGAUGAAGAAUCUGUGUUGAAAGCUGUCUUUUGGUGGACAAAACAUGACUUAGAAAUGAGGCAUAAAUAUCUUCUUCGUUUGAUGAAAAAGAUCAGGUUACAUCAGUUACCUGAAAAGACACUGCAGGGUAUUUUGCAGUCUGAGGAACAGUUACUUAAAAGAACUAAUUGCUUAGUAAUAAUCAAUGAAGCAAUUAAAAAUGUGCAGAGUUUCAGUGGGCUCUUCUCAGAUCCUCGACCAUCAACAACAGAAAAAUAUAUACUGGUUCACAAAACUGAAGAAAAUAGAGUACAUCAGCAUACAUUUUGCUAUAAUAUUAAAACUGAUCAGUGGAAAGAGCUGACACACAUACAUAUAUUUGAUCUCCCUGGAUCAAGUUUAUCUAGUUACGGUGAAAAACUAUUUAUAACUGGUGGAUGUGAAGGUAACUGUUUCCGGACUAUUAGACUUCAUAUUGCUGAAACAUUUCAUGACGCCACAGAUCAAACUUGGUGUUACUGCCCAGCAAAUGAUAGCUUCUCAUUAGUAUCUGCCAUGAAGAAGCCAAGGACAAUGCACACAUCUGUUGUGACCUUAAAUCAUUUGUUUGUAAUAGGAGGUAAGACAAGGGCAUCUCAGGAUGUCAAAAGCCUUUUGGAUAUUGAGGCAUAUAAUCCUCUGUCUAGAGAGUGGAAAUCUGUGAGUCCAUUACCAAAGGGCAUCUACUACCCAGAAGCAAGUGCCUGUCAUAGUAUAAUAUAUGUACUUGGUUCUGAAGUUGAAAUUACAGAUGCCUUUAAUCCAUCUCUUGAUUGCUUCUUUAAAUACAAUGCUGCAACAGAUCAGUGGUCUGAGUUAGUAGCAGAAUUUGGGCGGUUCUUUCAUGCAACCUUAAUCAAAGCUGUUCCAGUGAACUGCACUUUGUACAUUUGUGAUCUUUCUACUUACAAGGUUUAUAGCUUUUGUCCAGAGACCUGUGUCUGGAAAGGGGAAGGCUCUUUUGAGUGUGCUGGUUUUAAUGCAGGGGCAGUUGGAAUAGAAGAUAAAAUAUACAUUCUUGGUGGAGAUUAUGCUCCUGGUGAAAUAACGGACGAAGUACAGGUCUACCACAGCAGUAGAUCUGAAUGGGAGGAAGUUGCACCAAUGCCAAGAGCCCUUACUGAGUUCCAUUGUCAGGUGAUUCAGUUUAAUAAAUACAGGGAUCCAUGGUUGCAAAAGCAAUGUGAGACAAAAAAAUUAUAAAUAAGUACCUAGUUUCCCACAUGUAUUUGUUCUUAGUUCGAAGGCAAACUAAUAUUAGGGCUCAAUCUACCAAACCAUGAUUUCCUCUUCAUUUUCAUAGAAUAGGGAUUGGUAAAUUGCACCAUAGUUAAAUGUGUUAAGACACGUCUUUUGAGUUUGGAUGGCCUAUCUUUAAUACAAUAAAUUUAAUACAAUUUAUUAAAUGUAUAUGCUGGCUGACUUCCAGUGACUCUGGGUGGUUUCCUUCCUUCCUUUACAGGUAGUCCUUGACUUAUGACCAUAAUUGGGACUAGAAUUUCCAUU